AUGGCUGUUGACGCUGCUCCCACGUCGCCCGUCCCCAUCGCGGACCUGACCAAGAUCGCCACGGAGGCCUGCGAGUCUGCUCUCAAGGACGUCAAGGGCUACGAACACGCCAAGGUCGGAGAAUGGAACUCCCAAAUCAUUAACACCAUCCUCAAAGCCCUCAUCACCGCCACCGCGCCGGCCGACUCGUCCGCCUCCCCUCCCUACCGCUUCACCGUCAACAGCACCAUCGUCCAGCAAGGCCUGAUCGACCAGUCCGCCGCGGCGGACGGCGCCGCCGCCAACGUCGGCAAGCGCGGCAUGCACUCGGCGUCGGGUGCGUUCUGGGACGUCAAGCGCGACGGCAUGUGGACCUUCAAGUACCCCGAGGCGGACCAGCGGGGUCUGGAUGUCGUUGUGAGUGUGACGUGGUUUGCUUUGAAUUGA